AUAAUUGACCCACUGAUCUGAUUUAGUGACGGUAUUUCCAUUUAAAACCGCGGGGAUAUUUCGUCGCGUUUUUGAUGUCUUCACGCGUCAAGCUCUAGACUCGAUUUCGAAUUCAACCACGAUGACGUCGACUAGGUUACCGCUGGAUUCUACACCUCUUUCUUCACCCGUUUCGUAUGCGACAGCGACAGAGUCUCCACGGAACACAUUAUAUGCUACAACAACAGAUAUUGGCAGCCCUAUCGUCAACGAUGGAGAUGCAGCCGACAAAUCGUAUAGCAAGGCUAGCCAGCUUCCCCCGGAACUUAAGCAGCACUGUCAAAUUUACUUGGAGGAGAAUUUGUACCUAAUUACUCUCAACCUUUUAAAUAGCCUAUUAUCAUCUAGUCGCAGGAGUCCAAAUGAUCCUUAUUACUGUCCCCCGCCGAACCAAUUGUCGCUGCUCAGCACAGCUGUCGUACACCCGAAAUUUACAACUAGGCCGAGGGAAGAGGGCUGGUCCGAGGUAUCUGCCGAGUCCCUUGUCUACCUACGAAGUCUCCUUUCUCGCUUAGGACCUAUUAACGGCCGAUUUAAGGAGGCUUUCCGCUUUGCGAGUGCCUCGCGAAAUGGCACACCGGAGUCUUAUUCGGGCGAUGAUCAGGAUUAUGGCGGCGACGACGAUGGUGGCGAGGGCACCUAUUCGCAAAUGCGACGUAGACACUACCAAGAUGGUCUUUGGCGACGGGGGCAGGACUUCUUUCACGUGGUCGGCUGGGCAUUCAAUUGCAGCGUUCUCUACCCAAACCGCUGGCAACACUGGAGACAUUGGCUCAAAUUCAUGAUAGACCUAUUAGAGCAAGAUCUCAUUGAACGCCAUAAUCUAGACAUCGAAAAUAGCCAGUCGGACUGCCCUAUGCUUCGGGAUUCAAUUCUGGCCGGUUACGUUGCCCAGCGCUCCGGACGCUCUGCAGGAGGGUUGAAAUGGAUCAUGGAAGCCAUAUUUGCUGACGGCGGUGUCGCCGCAAGUUCUCGUUUCCAGGAGAUCUGGCAAAAGGAACACAAGGAAAAUACCAAAAGUACAACGAAGAAAAGGAAGCGCGAAACGGUCAAUAUUGACAAGGGCAAUUUUGGAGGCUGGUUGGAUGAUGAAUCGGUAUAUUCUUCUCAAACGUCUGAACCGCCGACACCACAGAAACGAAGGGUGAAUUCGGGUGAUAUGGGAAACCCAGAUUUCCAAGCGUUGGAGCCCGCCUACGUAGAGUCAAUUCCUCUACGACAACGUCUAUUCUCCUUGUUAUCAUAUCUUUCUCACCACCUCCCAAGACCUCUGUUGGACCUCUCUGACCUUUAUCAGAGGUUCGAAACGACGGUGAAGUCCCUUCCUUUGCCUAUAUUUACUGCCUUUGUAAACAAUCGGACGUCGGCCCUGAAGCUAGAGUCGCAAAUAUCGACAUUACAAGGUAUUCUAUUGCUCUUAAUGCCCACGGCAGCUCUUUCGCCAGCCAAAGUCGACCGUACCUGGCAAGAUUCAGAUGGCAUUACUACUGAAAUAUUAGAACGUUGUUUUCUUCCUUACACUGCAAACACCAUCGCAGUCGAAGACAACGCGAAGGUAUCAAUACUACUUGAAAACUUGUUUCAGAUCUUGUGGUGCGAAGGAGGUGGAACGCUGAGCAAAGGCCUCAGAGCAGCAACUGAGAAAGGAAUUGCUGCGAGGGAGGCAAAGGUCAAAAGGAAGAAAACGUCAGCCCGGGGACGAAUAAAUACCGAAGACCCGGACGUGGAAGCUCACCUUGUGUUAGAAAUGUCAGGGGGAAGGUUACGCGUACUACUCGACCUUAUCGAAGCCGAAAGUAAUGGUGAUAGCGCAAUGGAACCGGAGGCGAUGGAUGAGGAUGAGGAUAACGAAGAUGAUAUUGAUGCGACUUUUAUGACAGCUGCCGAUAACAUGGAGAAGUAUCAAGACGAAGCUGAAGAAAAGUUAUACUGUUUGUGCCAGGACAAGGAGUCCGGCAAUAUGAUCGCCUGCGACAACCAAAACUGCCCAUACGAAUGGUUUCACUGGAAAUGCGUCGGCCUCAAAUCAAAGCCCAGAGGUAAAUGGAUGUGUCCCGAGUGUGCACGUCCCAAGCGCGGAAAGCGGAAGUAAUGUUUGGUUAAUGAGUUUACAAGGCGGCUAAAGAAAGCAGCCAGCAUCGGUACUCAGAUGUAUAUCUCUGGUGUGGAGGGGAUUAAUAUCCUUAUU